AAAAGCACCAGUAAAAUAAUUUAAUAUUCCAUUUGUUUCCAAUAAAUAAGCGCGUACUAUAAUUUCACCAAAAUCGUACCCUGAGGACAUCUGAAAAGGCAAAUGUGGGGCAUAAUGAUAACAUGUUUGUAGAUGAACAGCUGUCGGUACGUCUCAGCGGUGAGUCCCGGAUAUGGAGCUGUUACUUCCUGAUCCAAUAUUAACUGUGUCCUUGGAGACAAAACCAUAGGGGGCAGUGCAUUAAAAGAUCAACUGGACACUUUGUGUUUGUGUGUGUGUGUCUCACACACAGUGUGUGUUGGAUUCCGUCAGUGAAACUAUGGUAACGGCCUCUGAGACUGGCGGCUUUCCCUCCUCCUGCUGUCAGUGUGAUUUUUCACCAUAACUUUCUUCUACUCAUUGUGGUACAAAAGGUUUUGUUUGAGCCUCCAGGGUUUUUUUCUCCUUCUUCUUCUUCUUCCUCCUUCGCUGUCAGAGAAAGUUUUAACAAGGGCAGCGGCAACAGCUACAACUGAGAGCACAGAGCACAUCCCUCUGCUGUUCCUGAGAAUUUAUUAGUUUAAACAACUUGACUCCAGAGUUAACUUUCGUCUUUAUUUCACCACAGUAUGUUUAUUUUGGGCUGGGUUAGAGGUCGCGUUCUGCAAACACAAAACCAUUUAAGCCACAAGAAAUGAAGAUUUAUUUUGUAUAUAUUAACAUUAUUUUAUUCCUGAAUCAUGAAUAAGCCAUGUACAAAAAAUAAGAAAUUGAAAAAGAAUAGUAAAUCAGUGUGACAUUUAAGGUUUGGUUUACUUUCGACUUAAUAAAAACAUAGAAAAAGUAUUGUGUGAAUAUUGAAUUUCAUUGAGCAUACAGGCUAGAUGUUAGAAAUUACCACACAGACGAACACCGGUUCCUGUCCUGGCUCGGUCGAUGGCCUUUCUGUGUGGAGUUUGCAUGUUCUACUAGUUUUUUACGGCUGCUCUGGUUUCCUCCCACACUCUGAAAACACGCAGAUGGAGGAUUAGAUUUACUGGAGACAGUAAAUAGCAGUAAAUGUACAUGUGAAUGGUUGUUUGCCUUUUUGUGGUCUUUGUGGUUUGAUCAUUUCUUCCGUCCCCUUUACCUUACACCUAAUGUCAGUUGGAAUGAGCUCCAGCUCCACUGUUACCUGGUAAAACCACAUAAAACAAAAUGGUACAUUCCAUACACAUCACCAUACAAGUAGACUGGGGAUCGUGAACAAGUUUGGCAGAUAAUGAAAACAUAAAUCGAAACCGGUAAAAACGACCAGAUUGUCCUCUUAUUUUGAAAAUAUGGUAAUUCCGCAUCCGGUCUUUGCUUUCCUCAGUCAACUUGACCUGUAUCCAUGGCGACCGUGAAGCCACAGCAGAUCCGGCCAUCCCGUUAGUUUUCUGAGAAUGAGACAGAGAAUGUUAGAAUAUGAAAAUGAGUGGAUGUGACAGGCAGCGACCGGAGGAAGAAUAAAGAAGAGACUCAGAGAGUGGACUUCCUGUGGACAACCGUGGACUUUUUUACAUUUUCAAUUUAUUUUCUUUUGUAAAUAAAGGAUGACGCCUGCACAGAAAGGCCGGUAUGGAUGUGAGGCAGCGGCUCACAGUAAAUGGAGAAUGACAGCUCCUCCUAACAACCCACUGAUGAAGCGUCCCGGUGGGUUACACCAGCCGUGGCCUAUUCACACCCACCCAAGCCGACAGAUCCACAGGUCCCACCUUCCUCCUCCACCUCCUCCUGCUCCUCCUCCUCCUCUGCCUUCCUAUCACCUGCCUUUCUUUCACACACGACACGCGGAGGAGAGCGCAGAGCGGCCCCAUCUGGUCACCGUCGUCCGGCCCUGUGGUCUGAAUUCACUGAGGAAGGUUACCGUGUUGUUGAACCGCAGGGGUGUGGUCUCCUUCGAGCAGCUGCUGUUGGAUAUUUCAGAGGCUUUGGGGUUUCCUCGCUGGCACAGAGCGCGGGUCACACGCCUUUUCACCACCCAUGCACGAGAGGUGAAGGGUAUUUGUGACUUCUUCCGUGGCGAGGUGGCCUAUCUGGCUCUGGGAAAAGCUCGGCCUGAACUGAGCAGUGUUCAGGAGGCUCUGGAAGAACUUUAUCCUGAACACUCCCACUAUCGGGCUGCUGCGCUGCGCUCCUGGGAAAAAAGACUGACGUCAACGCCAGACAAAGCUGCCAAGGCUGACAGCGGGUACAGCGAGGGAGCGGACAGCAGCGACACCAACCAGGAGACAAAGUCACAGGUCAAAAGUCACACUAAUACACACAUAUCUCACCACAAAGACCUGGAUAUUCAGAAGUCUCAUAAAAAGAAUUCUGGCAGAAAACCAGUCUGUCCUCCGAACCACCUACAGAGACUCAACGUGAGGGUCAAAGGGCAUCAGCCUUCAGGAACCAGUCCCUUCAAACACAGAGAGGAUUCCAGAGAAUCCGAGAUUCCCUCUCCUACGUUGUGUGAGAACUGUUUAUCAAUCAUAACUCAUCAGCAUGUUCCAGACAGGAUGGAUCCGCUAUCAGGAAGGGUUCCUCUUCCUCCCGUGUCCAGAAAACAGCGGGUUUGCACUUACACCGAAAAAGACCAGCUAAAGCAGGACGUUUCUCUCAGCCCUCAGCCCGUGUGCACCAAAGAGAAGAGUCCUUCCCAGUCCCAAGCUUCAAAACCACUGCCAGACGUGGGCUCAGCACACAAACAAAGGCAGGACAACACAGCACUCGGCCUGCCCUCAGAUGGCAGUGAUGUCACGCUGGCAGAUAUCCAGCGCUGCUAUGAAAUAGGCCGUGUGGUCGGAGACGGGAACUUUGCCGUGGUGCGAGAGUGCCGGCGGCGCGGCGAUGGACAGAGCUUUGCACUAAAGGUAAUCGAACGCUCAAAGCUGAUUGGCCGUGAGCACAUGAUGCAGAAUGAACUGAGCCUUCUGGGUAGCCUGCGUCACGGUCGUAUUGUGCGACUGUUUGCGCACCACCACACGCACACUCAUUCAUACCUGGUGAUGGAGCUGGUGAGCGGAGGAGAUCUGUUUGAGGCCAUCAGUGAGAGGGGGAAGUUUUCCGAGGCGGAGGCGGGACUGAUGGUGUCCGACAUGAGUGACGCACUGCACUACAUCCACUCCAAGAGCAUUGUCCACCGAGACCUCAAACCAGAAAACCUGUUGAUAGAACGUGUGGCGGGAAAUAUCUGCAGGCUAAAGCUAGGAGACUUUGGACUCGCCAUGGUGGUGACUGAGCCUGUCUUCACCAUUUGUGGGACGCCCACGUACGUGGCACCAGAGAUUCUCUUUGAGACAGGUUAUGGUGUAGCAGUGGACGUCUGGGCUCUAGGUGUUAUUCUCUACAUCCUGCUGUGUGGUUUCCCCCCAUUUCGCAGUCGGGACCGGGACCAGGAAGAGUUGUUUCAGUUAAUUAAAGAGGGGCAGCUUCACUUCCUGUCCCCCUACUGGGAUCCCAUCUCAGAGGAAGCCAAAGGCCUCGUCACAGCUCUGCUCCAGCCUGAUCCCUCUGUCAGGCUGACAGCAGAGCAGACCAUGCAGCAUCUCUGGGUAAGGACUACAUCUUCGCAGUGCUGGCAGGGGGCGCCGGCAGUGAAAACACAGAGGAAUAGUGUAGCCAGCAGAGGGGAAACAGAAAGAGUGCAAAACUUGGCUGAGGCUAACGCAACGGAGACGAGGAGAGCCAGAAGACAAGGACACAUCAGCAGCAAGGGAGGAGACAAAGACAAAAACCUCAUCAGACCUGAGGACAGACUAAAUGAGAGCAGGACACAGACAAAGGGAAUUGAGGACAAACCCCUUCGGCCGCAAUCAGUAGACACUGGUGCAGUUCACACCAUAUCUCCAAGCAUCAGAGUGAACCCUGUGUCAGAGGACACACCCGUGCAACAGAAACCACACGUCACCUCAUCAGACUCUAACUCACUCUGCAGCCCAGAAAUACAGGUGCAUGUGUGCCGUCAGACAGGCAGCACAAUCAAACCACGAGUUGAACUCGCAGACCAACCUGAACCACAAUAUCAGAUAAGAACGGAGACAAAACAAAACAGCCAGCAGCAGCAGCAGCCGCUGUCGCCUCAACAAUCGGCACCUUCCAACAAUUCAGCUGAAGACGCCACUUCAGGUGCCUCAACACAGCAUCCAUCCUCCAACCCAACACCUCCUUCACCUCGGUCCACACCAGCAGAACCAUGAUCAGCCAAAUCUAUCAGAAAACAUCUCCUGUUACAGUGACUGUGUGAUUACAUCGAGGUCAGCGCUCGUUGUUCUGCACAGUAGCAGCCGAUACUUGAGUGACUGCCUGAUAACACCAUGUGAUCUCUAGGAUUUGAAUGGCUAAACAAGUCAAAUAUGUAAAUUAGGUUGAUCUGUUUAUCCCUCAGUCACACCAUGAUUAAUGGCUGCAAUAGGAACUGAAGCAACAACAAGCAGAGCUCUGUGUUGACGUACAUGUUGAAAUAAGGGAAGUAGGCUUCAGCCACGCUGGAUGUAAACAUGUGUUUGGUUUAGUUACAAAACUGCUCGGACCUAUUGUUUGUGAUUUGGUCAACCGUCCAUCCUCCCCCACCGACCGGGUUUAACCUUGAGAAAUUGAUAUACUACGGUGUGUGUCAUCGCUGCUCGUGGCUAUUUUAGAUUGCUACUAUGACGACACUCAUCCUUCCUCCUUUCAUACUGUUGAAUGCCAUUUCCUAGAAGUGUGCCUUUUAGGUCGCUCGUCUAGCAACAUUAGUGCAUGUGAUGUUAAUAAGUGUACACAUCAUAACAUUUUUAUGAAAAACUCUGAGCUCUGAGCCUCAGUGUUGCAUGUCAUGUAAUCAUCUAGUGUUUCUUCAGGCCAACAUUUCUGCUUCCUUAAUAUGAACCUAAUCUAAUAUCUACUGUAUAUAUAUAUUCUGUGUAUACUAAAAAACUGUGUGUUAUGAUCCAGUGGUAAUUAAUGGGGACUGCCAAACAUCCAGAUUAAACAGCAUGUGACCAAACUAGAUGUGGGGGAGUGUGUGUGCAUAGCUGAGGUUGGUAAAGCAGCCGUGUCACUCCUCACACACCAAAUAAGGCACAUCUGUCCAUCCAGUGGGAGUGGUUGGUCCUGUUCCCCUCGAUUGCAGACAGCUGAAACUCUGACAUCCUGCCACACCUACCCCCCGUGCAUUCUCGCAACCCCCAAUCCUGAAUGCAUGGGCACCCCUCCCCACCCUGGGGGCUGAUCUAGGGCAUUGGAGGUAAGGGUUUAAAAAUAUUUUCGAACCAAAAUAAGAAAAGGACAAAAAAGAAAUUCUACAAUCACACACUCAAACAUCUCAUACCAACACAUUGCAAUACCAUACAUAUAGUGUUGCAAGUUAGGACACUGUGAGGUUUUUUUCUAUGUAAUUUCCCAAAUGAGGAAACCCUGAGAAUAUUGUUUCACUUGACUUUUUCCUGCCAUGACUAAAUGUUUUUAUCAGUCAAGGGGGGUUAAAAUAGCUGGAAAUACCAAACCAAUUUAACAUUGAUACCUUAGACUAUCUGUAGGACAUGGAUGUGGCAAUGCCCUUCCAAGACAUUGUUGCCUAGUUAAGGCCCUUUG